UCUCAUCAUUAGCGUUAAUUCCUCUCAAAAAUUCAAAAUUCAAUAUGUUUCCUCCUGUAAUCAAACAGAAUUCGAUUCAUGCUGUUUUGAGUUUUAGAUUAAAGAAAAGAAAAGAAAAGAAAAGAUGAGCUGACUAAUUGUAAUUAUAAUGAUGAAGAAAGUAACGAGAAAGGUAGGAAAAUAUGAAGUUGGCCGUACAAUUGGCGAAGGAAACUUCGCCAAGGUCAAAUUUGCUCAAAAUAGAGAAACUGGAGAGAGUGUAGCCAUGAAAAUCCUCGCUAAAUCAACCAUUCUCAAGCACAAAAUGGUUGAUCAGAUAAAAAGAGAGAUAUCAAUCAUGAAGAUUGUGAGACAUCCUAACAUAGUUAGGCUGCAUGAGGUUUUGUCAAGCCGGACGAAGAUAUACAUAAUUCUUGAGUUUGUUACAGGAGGAGAAUUGUUUGAUAAAAUUGUUCAUCAAGGAAGACUUUCCGAAAAUGAAUCGAGGCGGUAUUUUCAGCAGCUUAUAGAUGCUGUUGCUCACUGUCACCGGAAGGGUGUGUACCACAGAGACCUGAAGCCUGAAAACCUUCUUCUUGAUGCUUUUGGGAAUUUGAAGGUUUCAGACUUUGGAUUGAGCGCGUUGCGCCAGAAAGGGGUUGGACUUCUUCAUACAGCGUGUGGAACACCAAAUUAUGUUGCACCUGAGGUACUUGGUCACCAGGGUUAUGAUGGAGCUGCUGCUGAUGUGUGGUCAUGUGGAGUCAUCCUCUUUGUUCUAAUGGCUGGAUAUCUUCCAUUUGAGGAGAUAGACCUUCCAACCUUGUGCCGAAAGAUAAAUGCUGGGAAGUAUUCUUGUCCAUUUUGGUUUUCUCCUGUGGCAAAAGCAUUGAUAGAUAAGAUACUCGAUCCCAAUCCUAAAACUCGUAUAGGGAUUGAGGGAAUUAAAAAACAUCCAUGGUUUCGGAAAAGCUAUGAGCCUGUUGGACAUAGUGAAGAAGAGGAAGUGAAUUUGGAUGAUGUUCAUGCAGUUUUUGAUGACAUCGAGGAUCAUUAUGUAGCAGAGCAAUUGGAGAACAGUGAGGGCGGUCCUUUGGUAAUGAAUGCAUUUGAGAUGAUUACCCUAUCUCAAGGGCUGAAUCUAUCAGCAUUGUUCGAUAGACGUCAGGAUUAUGUAAAAAAACAAACUCGUUUUGUAUCCCGCAAACCAGCAAAAGUUAUAAUUUCAGCAUUUGAAGCUGUUGCGGAAUCAAUGAAUCUCAAGUUCCAUACACAUAAUUACAAGGAAUUAGCAAACAAAGCUAACUACACAAGCAACCUCAUGCUACUACAGAAAAAUAAUUGCCAGAAAAUUCAGCUACUGAAGACAAGACUCGAAGGAAUAUCUGAAAAUAAGGCUGGACAAUUUGCAGUUGUUCUGGAGGUUUAUGAAGUUGCUCCAUCACUUUUCAUGGUAGAUGCACGGAAGGCAUCUGGGGAAACUCUUGAAUAUUACAAGUUCUACAAGAACUUCUGCGCUCAGCUAGAAAAUAUCAUCUGGAAACCUCCAGAAGGGUGAUAAAAUUCCAGCCUGCUUCAUACAAUGACUUCCUGAUCCAGUUUUUUGGGUGCGAAGCAAAUCAGUGACCAAAAGGGAAAAAAGGAAGGUAUUCUUCCCGACAAGAAUUUCUAGAAAUAGGCAUUGAUGGCAUGGCAGUGUUACUUGUUUCUGGUUCAUAUAUUAUAGUGCUUGUAUAUUAUAAUUUAUUAUCUGCGGUGAAAUCUAUUGUGUUGUAGAACUUGAGAGUUGAGAGCAUCAAUUACUUGUUAACAAGGGAUGACAAUGGAAUUAUCAUGGUUUUUAUUAUAGAAAUUUAGAUGUUUAUAUCUUAUCAA